UCUCGCGAGAAGUAGAGUUACCACAGCCUAGAGAAGGGGGCGGAGGCUCAGAAGCACACCACGUGGGGUUUGCCGCCGGAGCUGAGUCUCUGGCCGGUGUCCAGUUUGAUUUUGAAUCUAGGUUGGAGUUGGAACCGUGGAGAUGCGAAAGGAAACCCCGCCUCCCCUAGUGCCCCCGGCGGCCCGGGAGUGGAACCUUCCUCCUAAUGCGCCCGCCUGCAUGGAACGGCAGUUGGAGGCUGCGCGGUACCGGUCCGAUGGGGCGCUUCUCCUCGGGGCCUCCAGCCUGAGUGGCCGCUGCUGGGCCGGCUCCCUCUGGCUUUUUAAGGACCCUUGUGCUGCCCCCAACGAAGGCUUCUGCUCCGCCGGAGUCCAAACGGAGGCUGGAGUGGCUGACCUCACUUGGGUUGGGGAGAGAGGUAUUCUAGUGGCCUCCGAUUCAGGUGCUGUUGAAUUGUGGGAGCUAGAUGAGAAUGAGACACUUAUUGUCAGCAAGUUCUGCAAGUAUGAGCAUGAUGACAUUGUGUCUACAGUCAGUGUCCUGAGCUCUGGCACACAAGCUGUCAGUGGUAGCAAAGACUUCUGCAUCAAGGUUUGGGACCUUGCUCAGCAGAUGGUACUGAAUUCAUACCGAGGUGAGUAUUAUUUCACUGUUAGCCCUGGUCUUAGCUGUUGUGUUUUGCUUCUCCCCUUUGGACUUUUUGAACUUUGCUUUGAUGUUAGGAGCAGCAAUUCCACAUUAUGUCUGAUAGUUUUCUUUUUUGUCUUGGGAUCCAGGCUUUACUUACCCUCUCCUCUCUCUGAUAGUGUUCCUUUCCUGGCCUCUCUCAGUGAAGACUGCUCACUUGCUGUGCUGGACUCAAGCCUUUCUGAGGUGUUUAGAAGCCGAGCCCACAGAGACUUUGUGAGAGAUGCUACUUGGUCCCCGCUCAAUCACUCGCUGCUUACCACAGUGGGCUGGGACCACCAGGUCGUCCACCACAUUGUGCCCACAGAACCUCUCCCAGCCCCCGGACCUGCGAGUGUUGCGGAAUAGAUUGGAUUUAAGACAAAAAGCAAGUCCCCCAUGAGUGUCCACUUCUUUGCCCUGCCCCCUCAACUUAUGAGACAACACAGGAGCCUUCUAUAGUGUGCUGAUGCUAGAUCUGUGCCAUUAAUAGGCAUUGUCUCUCAGCCUGAGGGUGGCUGGAUUCUGGCAUCCUGUAGUCACAGGGAGGAAAUGCUUUCUUAAAAAUGGACAUGUACGUGCGUCUGAGCGUGUGUGUAGAACUAUAGUUUUUGGUGGGGGCAGGAAGAAAAAAAUCUAUCCUACACCUUCCCUAAGCACUGCUUCUCCCUCACCCCCAAAAACAGUUGACAAAAGGAUUUUAUGCUUCCCACGUAGCUGUCUAUGAGGAAUUGGCCACAUCUGGGUGGGUUAUGGAUGUGGAUAUCCCUGGGUUCUUGGAAGCAGCUCUUAUGCUACUUAUAGAGAUGGGAUUGAUUUUAUUUUUUUAUAGUGCUUAAUUCACUAUUAUGAGAAACGCUUCCAGUCACAAAAAUCCAGCCCAGUUCACUUUGAGAAAGAAGCAGGACUUGGUAUGGUUUUACACAACUCCUUGCCAUUACACUGAAUCAGAAACCUAUUUUCUGGCUGAAUAGAACGUUUAGCUUGCCUGUGUAAUGCUCACUCCCCUCCCCCCAGCUUUAUAGUGGUGGGGCAUAUAUUAGAGAGGAGUGUUUUUCUGUCAUAGAUGCCAUGGGGGAAAGUUUGGGGAUGAAGGAAAGCUUAAAGGCAUUUCAAUUAAGUUAGAAGACUGACACAGACUAUUGAGAAAUCUUUGCCACUUUUCCCACCCCAAAAUAGCCUGGGGCCGGACGUCUUCUGCCCUGUGCCCCUUUCUCUUGAUGUGAAAAGUCUGAAUGCAAUUAUUUAUAGACUUUUAAGGUUUUAAAAUCCAGCAUCAGGAAGAAAAGCAGAAAUACUGGUUGGUGAAAUAAAGAGUUUAGGCAUUGUU